AUGCAUUCAUCUUCAGCAGCAUUGGCAGAUCUGCUUGGUCUUAUAGUAGGUGUUCAUGGAAUUGAGGAUGUACAAUCCCAGAAAUGGUGCCCGAAAGCAAGUGAUGAAUUGGUUCCUCAUAAUUGUGAUGUAAGAGAGGAUAAAGAUGUAGAGAGGACUAUGCUCGCCCCUUUUGCUGUUGUGGGAGUUGGUGUUGUGAAAGGAGUCAGGUUAAAGGAGAAGUUGAAGCAGAUUCGAGCUGCUUCAACUUGA